AUGGGCUCCAACGACAUUCCCCCACCUCACGUCUCCCCCUACUACCUCCCCAUAACCAAUACUCUCCUCCAAGUCGGAGGCUCCCUAUGGACACUAUGUUACAUCCUCCUAGCCCGCGAGUCCCUCCUCACAAAAACAUACGGCAUGCCUCUCUUCGCACUCUCCUUCAAUUUCGCCUGGGAAGUAAUCUACGCCUUCUACGUGGCCGAAGCACCGCUCGAGCGCGGCGUCUUCGCCAUCUGGUGUCUGCUCGACUGCAUCAUGGUCUACGCGCUCGUGCUGCACGGCGCGAACGAGUGGAAACACGCCCCGUUCAUUGCGCGGCACCUGGGCAAGGUUUUUUGGAUCAUGACCGCGUGGUGCUGCGUGGGGCACUGGGCGAGCGCCAGCUGGUGGAUUGAGCAGGAGAUGGGGCGGAAGGAGGGGAAGUAUUAUUUUGGCAGGGUAGCAGCUGAUACGACGGAAUUGGGGUUUUGGAGCGCGGGCGUUAGUCAGGCUUAUUUGAGCGCGGCGAGUUUGGGGCAGUUGGUGAUUAGGCAGCAUACUGGGGGUGUGAGUUGGGGGAUUUGGGUUACGAGAGCUUCAGGGUCGCUGAUUGGGCUGUAUCUCAAUUAUGGGGCUAUGUGGUAUAUGUGGAGGGAGGCUCAUGAGUACUUCAUGUCGCCGUUUGGGGUCUUUCUCUGGGGCACCGCUUUGGUGUGUGACUUGAUUUACCCUUUUGUCUUUGCUGAAAUUAGGAAGACGGAAGAGGUCCUCCCGGAUGGGAGGAAAGUUGUUGGAGGUAACAAGGUACAUGCCAAUGGCAAGAAAGCCUUGUGA